CCAUGACACUGACUUGUACACGGCUGUGAAAGACGCCAUUUUGUUGCUGAAUUGGAUCAAAGAAGAAACAUCGAGAAACGUAAAGAUCAUCAAAGAUGGGGAAUGUAUUUGCAGGCUUGUUUAAAAAUCUCUUUGGUAAAAAAGAGAUGCGAAUCCUGAUGGUAGGGCUGGAUGCUGCUGGAAAGACAACUAUCCUAUACAAGCUCAAACUGGGCGAGAUUGUUACAACAAUCCCUACUAUCGGUUUUAACGUAGAGACAGUAGAAUACAAGAACAUCAGCUUUACUGUGUGGGAUGUGGGUGGUCAGGACAAGAUCAGGCCACUGUGGAGACAUUACUUCCAGAACACACAAGGCCUGAUCUUCGUCGUGGACAGCAAUGACAGGGAGCGAGUAGGUGAGGCCAAAGAAGAGCUGCAGCGGAUGCUGGCUGAGGAUGAGUUGAGGGAUGCCGUGUUGCUUGUGUUUGCAAACAAACAGGACCUACCCAAUGCAAUGAAUGCAGCAGAGAUCACAGACAAACUGAACCUGCACUCCCUGCGUCACCGCAACUGGUACAUCCAGGCCACCUGCGCCACUAGCGGAGAUGGCCUCUACGAGGGCUUGGACUGGCUCUCCAACCAGCUGAAGAACGCAAAAUGAUCCGUCAUUCCACCACCACCUGUCUGUCGUCUCUUGUCUUUCGUCCACGCGGUGUGAUGGGUGACGGCACUGGUCCUAGCCUCCACCCCACCAUCAUUAUUUCCUGCCUUCCUAUAGCCUCCUUCUCACCCAUCCUCUGAACCAUCAGGGCUUUGGCCAGUGCUACCCUGUGUGUGUGUGUGUGUGUGUGUGUGUGUGUGUGUGUGUG